CGUAGACCUCCUGGACCAACCUACAUUACCUACAUAUCUACCCACGCUACGCAAUCCGAGACCAGCCGUAACGUCGAUCGUCCAUGGGCUGAACCACAUUCUGACAAUAUCACACUCCGUUUUACGAAUCGUAGUGUGAGGUAUCAGCCCUCACGUUCAACGACGGACCCACCAGCGACUCUUGCUAAAGACACUCCCUACACAUUAUAUCUGGAGAUAGGCUUCAAGGGUGGGUUGGUGGAUUGUGACUUAGAAGCGCUGACGAUAAUAUGGCAAGUUUCGGCCGUUCGUUCAAGCCUUCUUCGUAUCUGUCUUCAAUGUCUAUGAAGAGACGACCGCCGCCGCCCGCGAGAACCAUGUCUAGCUCAUCCGAAGCCUCACCGCUCUCUUCUCCCGACAUUCGGCAGGAUGAUAUUAUCUUCUCCACGAGACCCUCGCCGAGCCUCCCGAUGGAUAAAUCGCAUUAUAAACAACCCGGUGCUUCCCCGAAGUUGAGACCUAAUAGUGGAGUUGGAAAAAAAGAACCGUCCUUGUUCGACUCUCCUAGAUCAACACCAGCGCGCACUCGUCCAAUUGCUAUCGAAUUGCCUACUACCAAGAAAGUCAACAGCGCCCCUGUCUACACUCCACCUGCACCACUCUCCGCCCGAGGCGAUCUUCCUGGUGGUUAUUUCCCCUUGCACGAAGAUCAAAAUCGAGUCUAUUGCCCUCAUCCAUUUCAACUCGAUGCUUCCAAGGCUCGCUUGAAAUCUAUCGAACGUGCCGGCCAGUCAGGUUCCCCUGACGCUGACAGAAUCAUAUCCACCACAGCAGCGACGGGAGUAAUCCCAUCUACAACCCUCCCUAUAACCAUGGCCGAACGAUCCGCGCGACUUGCACCGCCGCCGCAGAAUGCUUCGAGUGUGCCGGAGUCUACUUUCGAUUCCGGAUCCAACACACCCGUUGCCAGCUACAUGCCGACCGGCACUCAGGACAGCCCUCUACCGAUGGGCAAAUACUACCCAUCCAACUACGUAAAGAGGAAAGAAGAGAAGCGAAGCAGGCAACAGACUAGACCACCCACCUCGAACCCUAUACCCCCGGUGUCGUCCAAGUCGGAAACCCAGGUUCCUACUACUAGGGAUUCGGCGAUGGGACAUUCGCGUAACGAGUCGGAUGCUAAACGCAGACUACAACAAUACCAACGCGACAUGAUUGCCCAAGCAACGUUGGCUCUUAAUGGUGGAAACGUUAAUGCGGCCACUCUUAAUUCGCUGAGGACGAUUGGAUUCACCAGCAUGUCGUCCAAACCGAGUAAACCCCGACUGGCACCGUUGGGUUCGCCUGGGCCUGUGACACCUAUGGAACUGGAGGGUUCUGAUGAGGGCGGAUAUUUAGGGGCGCGGGGUCCGACGGAUGCUCAAGUUGAAGAGAUCGCUCGUGCUAUUAGGGCCGAAGAGGAUCGCAAACGACGCGAGGGUGCGACAUCCCCGGCUGUAGAAUUGGGUCCCAGCACCUUUUGAGUACGGUAUCUUCGCCUAUGACAAACAGCACAGUGCUGCUACUGUUGUCACUGGGUCUGCUGAUAUGAAGCGUCAUCGACUGCCAUAUUCCUUUUCCAACGCCGCCCCCAGUGACUACUGGACCUAUGGUUCAGUCACCUAUACCAACCACGACUGCACAUCAAUCUCGGCAUGUUUUAAGAACGGGAAGGAACUCCUGU